CGCGCUUUGCGUCGUCAGUAAAGUUGCUGCAGACCAGCGGUGCGUCAUAAACAGCCCUCCGAUCCAAAUGAAAGGCGGAGAACGAGCCGCGUGAUGAAACCCCGUCCGCGCUUCACUUCGCGCUGAUUCCACGACCGGGAGAAGCAGCGGCUCGCUAAAUAAUCACACGGGCGGAGAAAAAGCGUCGAUAUGUUGCCUGAGCAUCAAACCGGGGAGCCGGAGAGGACGACGCUGUGAGGGCGGAUCUCCUGCGAGGCUUCAAACCAUCUCUGCGCUCGGCGAGAAGGCGAGAGGGGCGAGAGGGACGAGGCGAACACGGAGCAGCGGGGAGGAAAAUGCCCAAAGUUUGGCCGUGGGUUCCACAAGUGCGACCUUCCGAAGCAGCGUCCCGCACCAGCCGCAGAGCACGAGCAUGAAAUGAACGAAGGAUGCGUGUCGUUUGGGAGAUAUCAGUGAUUCUGCAAACAUAUAUCAUCUGCACGUCAUCAGCUCAGCCCAUCACAUCUAAGCUGGAUGCGAGUUGGUGGGCGUAUAAGGAUGUUGUCCAGGGAAGCUUUGUUCCAGUCCCAUCCUUCUGGGGUUUGGUGAACUCGGCCUGGAACCUCUGUGCCAUCGGGAAGAGGCAGUCGCCGAUCGACAUCGAAACCAGUCACAUGAUAUUUGACCCCCACCUGACGCCUCUGAGGAUCAACACAGGAGGGCGUAAGAUGGGAGGCACCAUGUACAACACGGGGCGCCACGUGUCCCUGCGGCCGGACAAAGCCCACCUGGUGAACGUGUCGGGGGGUCCGCUGGGCUACAGCUACCGGCUGGAGGAGGUCCGCCUGCACUUCGGCAGCGAGGACUCCAUGGGCUCCGAGCAUCUGCUCAACGGACAAGGCUUUCCCGGAGAGGUCCAGCUGCUUCAUUACAACCAGGACCUUUACGCCAACUACAGCGAGGCGGCUAAGAGUCCUUACGGCAUCGCCGUCAUCUCCAUCUUCAUAAAGCUGUCUGACAACUCCAACGCCUUCCUCAACCGGAUGCUGAACAGAGACACCAUCACCCGAAUCAACUACAAGCACGACGCCUUCCUGAUGAUGGGCCUGAACAUCGCCGACCUCUACCCCGACACCACGCGCUACAUCACGUACGAGGGCUCCAUCACCGUGCCCCCCUGCUACGAGACGUCCACCUGGAUCAUCAUCAACAAGCCGGUCUAUGUGACGCAGAUGCAGAUGCACUCCCUGCGCCUGCUCAGCCAGAACGAGCCGUACAAGAUCUUCCUGAGUAUGAGCGACAACACGCGGCCCACGCAGCCGCUGCUGCAGCGCUGCAUCCGCACCAACAUCAACUUCAGCAAGCAGGGAAGGAACUGCCCCAACAACCGGGCCGUCCGGCCGCAGUACAGAGUGAAUCAGUGGCUCCUGAAGUAGAAGACAAAAGCAUGUCAAGCACCAGCGGAACAGAGAGGCGGACGCUGGGUGCGUGCUGACUACGGGCUGGAGCCGCAGCCUCCACUCACCACACUUUCACCACUGCACUGUGGCCAACGCGGCUCCGGCCGGCCGGGACUCCCAGCAUCAAACAUCAAACAUACAGAGCGACGUGUGACUCACACGGACUCGUACACCGUCUUGUUUUCGUGUUGUGUAAACUCUCAGACUGGAUGUUAUUUCAAGGCGUCUUCAUGCUGUUCGACUGUAAUCGUGUCCUGUUCACAUUGGAAACCUGACCACAGAUGAAUGAAAACCUCGAACUGAGUCCACUGAACACACAGUCAUGUACAUGAGACGCUUCCAGCAUGAAGGUCUGAACCAGAACCACCGAAGCCCUGCCGGGUGGACCCAUGACGUUCUUCAGGUGUUUCAUUUGUGUGAUAUAAAGGAGAACAGAGCAAACUGAAGCUCAGAAGGUCCAGUGGUUUGUCAUCGGGCCGGUUUUAGGCCGCAAGCUCCAUCCUCCGCUGAGGAUGGAUACUUCCUGCCAACCUGAUGAACGGCUCCACCCGCCACUGCAGACGUUUAGAGCUGUGGCCCACACUUAACUAUCCCUCAACUACAAACACAAGUCAUGCAGCCGUAUGUUUACUCUGCCUAGUGUCAAAGUAAUAAGCACAAGAAAAGGGGAGAGACCCGACAAACACAUUCUGUGCAAUAAAAAAAAAGUACAGCUUCAUCAAAGUGGCUAAAUUAUUAUUAUUAUUAUUUAUAUUAUUAUUAUUAUUAUUAUUAUUUAUAUUAUUAUUAUUAUUAUUAUUAUUAUUAUUAUUAUUAUUAUUAUUAUUAUUAUUAUUAGACUCCUCUUCUGCUUAAAAGUCUCUAAAUGUGCUUUUUCAUUUUCCAUAAGAAACGUCAGAUCAGCGUUUAACUAAAUGAAGCCAAACAUCUCACUCCUUUGUUUCCUUCAGUGAGAGCUUCUCAGGAGAAACAUCUAUGAAGCGUCAGCGUGUUCCAGCUUCUCUUUAUUUCUAUGGAAACUCUAGACCCCCCACGGACAGAGAGCAGCCACAGGACGUUCUACUUACUCACUGCUCUGCAGACGUGAAUGUAACUUUCCAACGGUCAUUUCGUGUCAUGUGUGAGACUUUACAAUGAAUUGAUGAAGCUCAAAUUGCUCCGGGGGAACACAGUGAAUGUUUAGCGACAAUCAGUAAAUGACACCAUCGUGUUUUCUAUUCCGAGCUGGAAGGGAGCGAAGUGUGUGAGAGUCGACGGGAGGAGCAGGUUUGACUGGACCUUCGUCACAACAAGGUGGAGGAGAAGGACUGAGCGUCUGUCUGACUCUGUGUGUGUGUCUACAGCCACAGAGGUGUAACUAAUAAAAUGCCAACAGGUUUCUAAAUAAACGUCUAAGCUUUGUCAAGUCAA